UUCGCUCCCUAGUUGUUUACUUCCGGGUCGUCUGGCCACUGCGUUGUAGUGUCCGUCAUGUUUUCACGUUUGUGAUAAUUUUUCGAGUGCUCCCAAGUUAGUUUCGCCAAAAACCUAUAUAUUAUUUAUUUUGGGGUAGCAGCGGUACUUUCAUCACCACAAUGACCGAGGAUGUCCAGAAACACUCGGUCCACACUCUGGUCUUCAGGUCUCUUAAAAGGACCCAUGAUAUGUUUGUGUCGGACCAUGCGAAGUCUGUCGCCCUGGAUGAAGAAAGCCAUAAGAUGAAGAUGGGUGUGAAACUGAAAGCAGACUACAAUGCAGUUUUACACAUGCCCGUCCUGAAGGAAGGCAAAGACCGAGUGUCACAGCUUCCAGGCGGCAUGCACGGACACCAGAGCUACACACAGCCAGGUGAUGACCCAGAAUACCUGAUAACCGGCACACAUGCGUACCCCUCUGGACCUGGAGUGGCACUAACUGCUGACACGAAGAUGCACAGAAAUCCCAGUGAGGGAGGAGUUCACUCCAUGACGUUGGCGUUGCCGCCCUCACAAGCCAGGCAGGACGCCAGCCGCACUGCAGCCAGCGUUGGAGACAUCCAUCUACACGCUGGAAUACCAGAGAGAUCUCGUCCUCAUUCGACUGCAGUGUCGAUCUUGGAAGGAGGUGGCACCAGAAACUCUGCACUCAUGAGGAGAGCACCAACGAUGCCCAAACCUCAGUGGCAUCCGCCAUGGAAACUGUUUCGGGUUAUCAGUGGUCACCUGGGCUGGGUGAGGUCCAUUGCUGUGGAGCCUGGAAAUCAGUGGUUUGUUACAGGGUCCGCUGAUAGAACAAUUAAGAUCUGGGACCUGGCCAGCGGCAAACUGAAACUGUCUCUGACCGGACACAUCAGUACAGUGCGUGGUGUGGCCGUGAGUAACCGCAGCCCUUAUCUGUUCUCCUGUGGAGAAGACAAGCAGGUCAAAUGCUGGGAUCUGGAGUACAACAAGGUCAUCAGGCACUACCACGGUCACCUCAGUGCUGUAUAUGAUUUGGAUCUGCAUCCCACCAUCGACGUACUUGUGACGUGCAGCAGAGACGCUACAGCAAGGGUGUGGGACAUCAGGACCAAAGCUAACGUGCACACACUCACCGGUCACACCAACACUGUGGCUACAGUGAGAUGUCAAGCAGCAGAACCACAAGUCAUCACAGGAAGCCACGAUUCAACCAUCAGGCUGUGGGAUCUGAUCGCUGGGAAAACUAGAGCCACUCUGACCAACCACAAGAAGUCUGUCCGAACUCUGGUGCUGCACCCGAGACAAUACACAUUUGCCUCGGGAUCCGCCGAUAACAUCAAGCAGUGGAUGUUCCCAGAUGGCAACUUCAUCCAGAACCUGUCGGGCCACAACGCCAUCAUCAACACCCUGGCUGUUAACUCUGACGGCGUCUUGGUGUCUGGAGCGGACAACGGCACCAUCCACAUGUGGGACUGGAGGACGGGAUACAACUUCCAGCGGAUCCAUGCGGCCGUGCAGCCCGGGUCUCUGGACAGCGAGUCGGGAAUCUUCGCCUGCAUGUUUGACAACUCGGAGAGCCGACUGAUCACCGCAGAGGCCGACAAGACCAUUAAAGUUUACAAAGAGGACGACACCGCUACCGAAGAAAGCCACCCAAUCAACUGGAAACCAGAAAUCCUCAAGAGAAAAAGAUUCUAACCAUUGUUUCUUUUUGUUUUUUUUCCUCUUGUCACAGUAACAACUUACAUUGUAUUUUUACUGACUCUUGUAGUAGAUAUGCCCAGCAAUUCUCAUUUGCUUUAAAAUAUUACGGCGCCUCUAACAGAAGCAGCAACAGGAUGAUUGCGCGCGUUAUUCUAAAAACCAUCUGCAGUCCUCGCUGUAUGACGUUAGUCCCGUAAAGUUGCCGUGUUGAACAGCCAGGAACAACCCGGAGUGUUUGUUCUUGAUGACAACGGCUCUCUGAUGGCUCUGGUCACUCUGGUCCACCAACAGAAGCCACUUCUCACACUCAGAAGGGCAGACUUCAGAGUGGACCUGGUUCAUAUUGGCAUCAAAUCCUGCAGCAAAGAAAGAAGACGGUGUGUUUGAAAAUAUUCUUUUUCUUUUUUGUUUGUAUUGACUCAGAUUUGCCAGUUGUACAGAUGUGGACGUAACUGUUCCUCCUUUUUUUCUGGCUUUGCAUUUGAAUAAAGACCCACAUUUUUUCGA